AUGUCCAACCGCAAACCUUUCCGGGGAUCCUCCUCAGAAUUCCUUCGCGUAUAUCCAGCGCAGGCCACGGGGUCGUCAAGCUCACGCACACCUUCGCCUUCUGGCUCCGCGUCAACAGCUGAACAUCGACCUCAAAGCUCUUGUUCUGAUACAAGUGGUCAUGGACCUUCAAGUUCAACCUCAAGUUUAUUAAGCCAGAAACCACCAUCGGCACCUCCAAGCCAUCCUGAAGCCUCUUCUAUAAACGAUCCUCAGAGAACUCCUAUCUCGAUUGAGCUUCACGACGAUAUCAGUGGAGAACGCAAUAAAUCCUUAGAGAACAAAGACUUAUCCCAUGAUACCCAAGCAAACCAGGACCUCAGAGACGGCAGUGAUGACGCCAAUAACAACAAGAUGAAUCUCAACGAAGAAUCUCCUGAAAUUAUCAACCAUAGCGAAGCUCCGAACCACGCGCUGAGCCUCAAUGAAGCCGCUUCCUUGGAUACGAACGCCAACAACAUGGCUUCUCCGGCUAGCGAUACGAACAAAGACCCGACUCGCGUCCCCGAUGCCAGCCAAGAUACUUCCCCGAACUCACCUCCGCCUUCAGACAGCAAGGCUCGUGAGACGUUAGACAUAACUACGGAAAAGGAGCAAUCAUUGACUACUCAUCAUGAUGAAAACAUAUUUCAGAAUCUCACUUCCGCUGGAGGACUCAUGAUCAGUAUAAACGAUGAGGUGAAGUCCCCAACCGCUAAACCAGAGGUGGAUCCCGACGAGAUCGAUCCUCAUCCAAAUAACCGUUUCAAAGGAAAGGCAUCACCUGCCCAGGAAGAGUGGAAUAGGCUUAAAGCACAAGGAUUCGAAAACAGUGAAAUUGAUGAGUUGAUGGAAAUGGUUGGCCUGGAGGAGGUCAAGCGGCAAUUUAUAGCAAUGAAAAUUAAAGUCGAAACCUGCGAGCGCCAAGGUACUGACCUCAAGAAGGAACGAUUCAAUAUAAUUUUUCAAGGAAACCCAGGGACAGGAAAAACCACCGUUGCUCGUAUUUAUGCAAGGUUUCUACAUACAUGCGGUAUCAUAGAAUCCCACUAUGUCAAGGAAACCUCAGGGGCUAGGUUAGCAUACCAAGGGCCUCAGAUUGCCAAGAAAAAAAUAAAGAAGAUGAUGAAAAACAGGAGGCAUAAGGGAGGAGUCCUAUUUGUGGAUGAAGCCUAUCAACUUACAGCAGAUCACACAUCGAACGGAGGACGGCAGGUUCUCGAUAUUCUCCUUACAAUGAUGGAGAACUAUAUUGGAAAGUUGGUGGUUAUAUUCGUUGGUUAUAACAAUGAGAUGCAGUCCUUUUUUGAACACAACCCAGGGCUAUUAAGUCGCAUUCCGUAUACCCUACAGUUUGACGAUUUUGAUGAUAUGGAGCUUUGGACUAUCCUACGCGACGGUAUCAACAAAAAAUACAAUUCAAAGAUGAAGAUCACAGGCGGUAUGGAGGGUUUGUUUAUGCGAAUUGCUAUCCGUCGACUUGGUUACGGCAGAGGAUUUAAAGGAUUUGGAAACGCUCGUUCUGUUCACAAUCUGCUAUCAAAGAUCUCCGAGAGACAGGCGAGGCGUUUGGCUAAGGAAGCCAGUUGCGACUCCAGUGCACUUGAGUCACUGGAUUACUUCCGUUUCACUAAAGAAGAUCUGAUCGGACCCGAGCCUACUGAGGUUUUGAAGAAAAGUAGCGCUAGGAUCAAGCUAGAAAGUCUCGUUGGACUACAACAAGUUAAGGAGUCAACUAGAAAUAUGAUCGAAAUUAUUUCGACAAACUACCUACGAGAACUCAAGGAAAUGAGUCCACUUAACUUCUCUCUUAAUCGCGUUUUCCUCGGGUCACCGGGAACUGGCAAGACUACGGUAGCCAAAUUAUAUGGCCAGAUUAUGGCCGAAUUGGGACUUCUUAGUAACGGAGAAGUGGUCAUAAAAAACCCAUCGGACUUCAUCGGCCAGUGCUUAGGAAAGUCAGAGGCCAAAACAAGAGCCAUCCUAGCAUCAACAGCUGGAAAGGUCUUGAUCAUUGACGAGGCUUACAUGUUGAACCACGGUGGAGCCGAGAGUGAUAGUAAAGGCGACUCUUACAAAAUGGCCGUAAUCGAUACACUCGUUGCGGAAGUUCAAAGCGUCCCUGGAGAUGACCGAUGCAUACUCAUUCUUGGCUAUGAAGACAAAAUCAAGGAUAUGUUCCACAAUGUCAAUCCUGGGCUGUCCCGAAGAUUCGCCAUAGAAGACCCGUUUCUUUUCCAAGACUUCGAUUUGUUACAGUUGAAGGAGAUCUUGAAGAUGAAAAUGGAGCAGCAACACCUAAGUGCCACAAAUGAAGCUAUGAAGGUCGCCCUCGAGGUCUUGGAUAGAGCUAGAAUUCGCCCGAACUUUUGCAACGCGGGAGAAGUAGAUAAUUGUCUUGCCAAAGCGAAGCUCAAUUACCAAGCCAGGCAGAUGAAGGAGACCGAUCGGCACAAACGAGCUUACGAUGCCAAAUUUCUCCCAGAGGACUUCGACCCGGACUAUCAACGUAGUUCUAACGCAGUUGAGAAUUGCCGAAAAAAUCUUCAGGGAAUGGUGGAUGACCACAUCAUCAGUAAACUAGAAGGAUACCAGAGCCUCGCAUCUGCAGCGAGAAUCUUUAAUGUUGAUCCCCGUACGCAAAUUCCCACAAAUUUCGUAUUCAAAGGCCCGCCAGGUACUGGGAAAACAACAACUGCUCGAAACAUGGGAAAAGUGUUCUACGAUAUGGGGUUUCUAUCCACGGAUGAAGUGGUUGAGUGCUCUGCUUCAGAUUUAAUCGGUCAAUACAUGGGACACACGGGUCCCAAGACGAGAGGGCAUCUGGAUAAAGCCCUUGGUAAAGUCUUAUUUAUAGACGAGGCCUACCAUCUGAUUGAGGGGCAAUACGCCACGGAGGCGGUUAACGUGUUAAUCAACCGUUUAACAAAUCCAAGGUACGCUCAAAAGAUGGUCGUCAUCCUAGCAGGAUAUAGCCAGGAUAUGAACUGGCUCAUGACAGCCAGACCUGCUCUCUCGGGUCUUUUCCCUGAGGAAAUCAUCUUUGAAAACAUCAAGCCUGAUGCUUGUUUGGCUCUAUUAUCUCGGGAACUAAAGGAUAGAAAUAUCCUCGUGCCCUUCCUCCAGCAUCCACAUGGCGUUGACUAUAAGAAUAUACUGAGCCUUAUGAGAAUGUUAUCACUUUUUCCCUCAUGGAGCAACGCUCGAGAUAUAAAAACGCUAGCCAAGGAGAUGGCAGGGUAUGCUUUCAAAGAACCGCUCACCGGUUGUCUAACUCAACCUGUUCUUUCACCAGAUCAAGCCAAGAGUUGCAUGAAGAAAAUGAUAAGCAUGCUUUACCAGAGAAGUCUGCGCGUCGAAGAGGGCUCAGACAUAAGACGGCCUAUAUGCUUCCCUCCAGAGAGCAAACAGGCGACGUGUAACGCCCCACUUUGCGAAUCCGCCCCUGCAGCACAUGGAGUCGAUCAGGAAACAGUCUCAGCAGAAAUCUCCGAGGAAUUGAACCAAACCACACCGGAACUCCAAUUUGCGCAUCCCCAUGAACAAGCAGACAACACCUCUGAACCUUUAUCGAAUGCUAUCUGUCUUAGACCGCUCAACCCUGAGGGUAUCCCUCGGGAGGAGGAUGUACCAGAUCAUGUCUGGAAUCAGCUUCAGGAAGACAUCAAGGCUGAGAAAGAUGCGAAGGUUAAUCAAACAUCGGAAGAAAGACAGAAGAAAGAAAAACUCCAAAAAAUACUUCAGCAGUCGGGAAGUUGUAUAAACGGAUUCGAGUGGACUCCGCAAAGCGGUGGUUAUCGGUGUGCGGGUGGGGCGCAUUUUGUAUCCCAUGGAGAUCUGGAGCGGCAAAUGAAUUGA